CCGUGCACACGGACCAGCACGGCCUUCUGCACGAUCAGCCCCGACGUCCGUCGGCGUCCCGCGUCCGCCCCGCGUCCGAACCCGCGCCGCGCCGCCGUGUGUUUGUGUGCGUGUGUCUGUGUGUCUCCCGAACCACGCGUCGCCAGAAGGGCGUCUUCAUCAGUGGCAACCUCGCCCUUCGCCAUGAGGCGCAGCGAGGCGACCAUGAGACUGCUGUCGCUGCUGGCCGCCCUGUGCUGCACGCUCCUUGCAGUGCAGGCGCGUCCGCAGCGCACAGCAUCCGGACCGCACCUUCUCCACAACGCACAGCUCUCGGGCGCCGCAGCCAACUCCAUGGCCCCGCUGACGAGCGAGUGGCGCGACGAGUCUGUGCGUCGGCUGUCGUCCGGUCCGGAGGGCUUGUCCGACGAGGUCGCCCUGUCUCAGUCGCCCUACGCCUGGAAGCCCCUCAUGGUCUCCGAGAGCCGGCCCGCCGCGCGCCACUCCGCGUACUCCGGCAGGACUAGCAGGGACCAGCAGUCCGAGGCGCAGCCCCUGCAGCCGCAGCAGCCCCAACAGCCGGAGCAGGCCCAGCCCCAGGCCGCCGCGGAGCCCCUGCCGUCCGCGGCGGCGCUGGUGGCCGAGCCCGUCACCGCGCCCUCCGCCAUCUCCUCGCCGUCGGCGCCCUCCUCGCCGUCCGCGCCGUCCGCACCGACCGCCCCCACGGGCGCCUCCCCGAUCGGCGAGUCCCUGAAGGAGGUCGCCAGCCAGCUGAUGGGUGCCACGGCGGAGGACGCCCCCCACCCCCACGGCCACGCCCAGGGCCACGCCAAGCCCGUCGUCCAGGACGUGCAGGACGUCCGCACGCCGCCCAUCGUCAAGGCAAGCCCCCCAGCAAAAAUGCAGGACCUGCGCAAGCCGGAGCUGCCCAAGCCCGUCAUGGUGUCGGCCACCGUGUCCACGCAGGGCGACCACAUCGACGACGACCACAGCGGUUUCCAGGGCGUGGCGGAGCCCGUGGUCAUCCCGGACGAGCACCUGCCGCAGGCCCUGCCGCAGCACAUGCCGAUGCGCAUCGCGCAGCAGCCGCCGCAGCACGCCGCGCUGGCGCUGCAGCAGCAGCAGCUGGCCGAGCUGAAGAAGGCCGUGAACGCGAGCGCGCCCAUGACGACGGCCGAGCCGCAGCCCAGCACCACGGCGUCGGACCGCAUCUCGACGUGGAUCCUGUUGAGCGGCACGCACAGCACCGCCACCACGCCGUCCAGCCUCAAGAAGCGCCCCCCGCAGCCCGUCAAGGAGGCGCAGCCCGCCAAGGAGGACCAGCCCGCCCCCGCGCCCGCCGCCAAGGUGCCCGCCCCCAAGCCCCAGCCCGCGCGCCAGCCCCCGGCCGUCCGCAAGCCCGCCGGUGCGCAGCGCUUGCCGUCGAGGAAGCCCGCCCCCACGGCCGCCGCCCCCACCACGACGACGCCCGCCCCCGCGCCCAGCACCACGACCCCCAAGCCCGCACCGCGCACCACCGUCGCCCCACAGCAGAACGCCGAGUUCGUCAAGAUCUCCGAAGCCAUCGUCAGCACGUCGGGCGCCGCCGCGGCCGCCCUCAAGGACAAGCCCGCCGAGAACAAGCAGAAGCCGGGCCGGCCCGCGCAGGCCGUCGUCCCCGCCGUGCACACCGAGUCCAAGCAGUCGGCCAAGCGGCCCAUCCAGGCACAGCAGGCGCAGCAGGGGCAGGACAAGACCAAGGUGUCGUCCGCCAGCGUGCCCUUCAACACGGCCAUCACGUUCCGGCGCAAGCCCAUCCACGGCCAGGCCCAGGCCCUGCCCAAGCCCGCCGCCCUCAAGACCGCGGCGCCCACCACGACCACCACGACCACCACCACGCCCGCCCCCGCCGAGGAGCUCACCACGCUGCCGCCCACCACGGCCGACGUGGCCACCACGGACGCCGACAUCGCCGCCACCACCACCCUGCCGCCCGUCACCACCAAGAAGCCCAAGCGCGCCGGCAGCAGCGCGUCCAAGAAGAAGAGGAAGAAGAACAAGAACAAGAACAGGAGGCGGCGCCCCACCAAGAAGACGGCGGCGUCCGCGGCCACCGCGGAGAGCAAGAUCGGCCACGAGGCCAACGCCACCAAGGCGGUGGGCCCGGUCAUCGGCGCGGGCGGCGCGGGCGGCGCGGGCGUCGGCCAGAACGGCAUCUCCACCAAGAUCUACAACUACCUGGCGCGCGAGGUGAUGCCGUCCGUGAGCGUGGGCAUCAUCGGCCUGGUCGUGACGGCCGGCAUCGCGGGCCUCUUCCUCUACCCGUUCGGCGGCGGCAUCGCGGCGCGCAGGACAUACGACACGGCUCCGCAGCAGCGCCAUCCCGGCCCCGGCGGCGAGCACAUGUACUACUAUGAGAGCUACGCCGACCAGCAGGGCCUGCAGGCCGCCGACGGCACGGUGGGCAAGCCCGAGGAGGAGGUGCUGGGCCAGGUGUUCUCCGGCAUGCAGCAGGACCGGCAGGGCGACCGGCCGGGCCAGCAGUCCCAGCAGCCCCACGACACUCGGUACGCCGCCUCGCCCUCCAUCUACGGCGGCGGCGACUCCGGCCCGCCCGACGCGCAGUACCCGGACUCGUACAGCAGAUACGACGCGAACGGCAAGGGCGCCAGCGCGUACUCCAGGCCCGCGGACGGCAGCAGCACGACGUCCGACCUCCGCCAGGGCACCGGCUACAGCUCCGUGUCCGUCAACGGCCAGGGCCAGGUGACCGGCUACGCGGAUCCCUCGCCGCCACAGAGCGGCGUGCCCGGCAACGUGCAGGUGGAGACCAAGUUCGAGCCACUGGGCACCCUAGACGCGCUGCAGAGGACGCGCUACGACGUGGACCACGUGGACGCCGACCAGGUCGACCUGACCUACGCCGCCGUCGGCGAGACCGGCCCCGCGUCCGCGGCCAAGAAGGCCGAGGAGUCCCCCUACGUGGUGGGCGGCGCCCCCGAGGCCCAGCCGAGCGCGCAGGGCAGCCAGAACACGCGGUACCACGCGAGCAGCGACGCGGACAGGACCUCCCACGUCGACCUCACGUACGGCAGCACCGGCGGCAGCGACACUGACAAGGAGCAGCAGGCCUUCACCGCGGCCGAGCACACCGACGCCAAGCCCGGCAACAGGUAUUCGGUGAGGCUGAGCGGUGGUUCCGGACAGGUCGCGCUGGCCUAUGGCUCCCAGGCGGGCUCUGACCAGGAACAGGACUCCGUCAAGCUGGACCAGGGCUCGGGCGUUGACUUGACGUACGGCGCAGGCCUCGACCUGGACGGGCGCUACGCCACCGCCAACGGCGCGCAGCCCCGCGCCCUAAAGCACGACAAGGACGCCGCCAAGGCCCCCGCCAAGAACAGCCGCCGGCGCCGCAGCGCCGACCUCGACGAGGACCUGGACAACGAGAUCGACGGACCCGUGCCCGUCAAGGACGUCGCCGACAAGAAGACCGAGACGCCCUCGUCCACCACCGUCCCCGAGGACGAGUCUGCCACCACCACGUCGGAACCCAUCACCACCACCGAGGUCAGCAAGCAGGACGUCACCACGGACGCAGUGACCACCAUCGCCAGCAACGACCCCCUGCUCAACUUGGUCGUCACGGCCAACGACGUCUUCAGCGUGGCCAACAACGAGGUCCUCAAGGACUCCAGCGUAGUCAGCACCACCACGACAGCCGUGCCCAACGUCAUCGAGAUCACCAACAGCACGUCCCCGGCCGACGACGCCCUGAGCACGCUCAUGAACAUGCUGAGGCGGGUGGCCGAGUUCAAGCUGCGCGUCGGCAUGAACCUGCUGCGUGGCACGUCCGAGGCCGUCUCCAGGUACAUCGGCGGCGUCACCAAGCGCAUGGAGGCCGCGGCGGAGCACCUCCACCACAUGCGGGAGCAGCGCAGCGCGCGCAGCGAACGCAGCCAGCGCGGCGUGAGGGCGGCCAAGGCGCACGCGGACACACCGGAGGACCAGAGGAGCCAGCCGUCGACCCUGAGGAGAAGAGCGAGGGACGUGGCGCGUGGCAAGCAGCAGCUCAAGAAGGUCCUCCUCAAGGGGCAGAAGACCAAGAAGGAGCACUAGGCCUCGGGCCAAGGAAGCACUUCGCGGUUCGAACCACUUCUGCGCCAGAGAAUCUGAUUGGGAUUGCAAAGAGGAAAUACCAAACACGGGCUCUUUGCCACAGGAUUGGUUCAGACCGGGGGUGGUGUCAUGUCAAAACCGUGCAUUCCUCUUACAUGGCGUCCGGAUUGAAACUUUCUUUUUAAUGUGAAAUUAUUACAAUCAGUCCCGCGCUGUGAUCUACGCAAUGAGCUAGAUAGUUGACGGCUUUCAAAUCAUUAGUCUUUAAAGAAAAGCAAACAAAAACAGCAUGCAGAUCUUUCCAAAGCCUGUAGGAAAGUUCAAACUUUUGAGGGUGCUAUUUGUUUCAGUUAGUUACGCAUUCCCCUCAUGUAUAUGUCCUGCAAAGAUUUUCAUCUGUGUCAGAAGACUGUACCAUAUUUCAGAUGAUUGUGAUUACCGGAUAGACUGUAUUGUAUUCCUGAAAAAGGAAAGAAAAAAAACUUGCCUUUGGUAAAAAAAAGAUUAAGAAAUACCCCCUGGAAUAAUGUGGGAAUCAUUUUGUUUUGUAGGCUCUAUGUUCUUCUGGGUUUCGAUAAGGUGUACCAUUUGAAUGAGACCUCCGAUACAUUUAUUUAACAAACGUGAUUUGUUUACUUUUUUACUCUCUCAAGUGGCGCAAUGUCUGGUUUCAGUUGCCAAAAUAGUUUUUGCAUUGUCUACGUGCUACAUGCAUGUGUUAAUGAAACAACAUGAUAUAAAAGUGAUAUUAGUUAUUGUUAAAGUAUCUGCCUCCUGGCAAAUAACGUGUGUUAGUUGUUUGUAGUGUACUCGAAGAAGUGGAAUUUUAUUUCAGAGCAAAUUUACUGUACAAAGACCUGGUCACCUUGGUACGCCACAUAUUCUCAUUUUUUCCUUAUAGAUAUUCCCCAUUGGGUGUAUGCUAUGAGUGUGUUGGUGGUGAACUAGUUUCAAAACAGAUCACCCAAACUAGUGCAAUGAUGUCUUUGUAUCGUACCAACUGUGUCAAAAAUGGACUGUGUUCACAAAUAUUGUAAAUAAACCGUAAAACAAUAAAUUAACUAAGCUUA